AUGGAUCCUUUUAGUAAAAAGCCUUUUGAUGUCCAAAAUAUCACUGCCUUAGUGCUUCAGGGUAUAGGGGCAGACUCCGGGAUUGCGCCGCCGGCAGGCACCUGCCAGUCCCUCCCUGGUGCGCGGGGAGCGCAGUCCGGGAGCGUAGGGCUGCUCGGCGGGGGCCGCGCGGGCAGGAUGGUGUGCGCUCGGGCGGCCCUCGGUCCCGGCGCGCUCUGGGCCGCGGCCUGGGGAGUCCUGCUGCUCACGGUCCCCGCGGGGGCGCAGCGCGGCCGGAAGAAGAUCGUGCACGUUCUGGAGGGAGAGUCGGGCUCGGUGGUAGUGCAGACGGCGCCAGGGCAGGUGGUAAGCCACCGGGGUGGCACCAUCGUCUUGCCCUGUCGCUACCACUAUGAGGCAGCAGCCCACGGCCACGACGGCGUCCGCCUCAAGUGGACGAAGGUGGUCGAUCCGCUAGCCUUCACCGACGUCUUCGUGGCGCUGGGCCCCCAGCACCGGGCAUUCGGCAGCUAUCGCGGGCGGGCGGAGCUGCAGGGUGAUGGGCCAGGGGAUGCCUCCCUGGUUCUCCGCAACGUCACGCUGCAGGACUACGGCCGCUACGAAUGUGAGGUCACCAACGAGCUAGAAGAUGACGCUGGCAUGGUCAAGCUGGACCUGGAAGGCGUGGUCUUCCCCUACCACCCGCGUGGAGGCCGCUACAAGCUGACGUUCGCGGAGGCGCAGCGCGCGUGCGCCGAGCAGGACGGCAUCCUGGCCUCUGCCGAGCAGCUGCGCGCGGCCUGGCGCGAUGGCCUGGACUGGUGCAACGCGGGCUGGCUGCGCGACGGCUCGGUGCAGUACCCGGUGAGCCAGCCCCGGGAGCCCUGCGGCGGCCUGGGCAGGGCCGGGAGUACCGGCGUCGACGGCGGAGCCAAUGGGGGCGUGCGCAAUUACGGCUAUCGCCACAACGCAGAGGAGCGCUACGAUGCCUUCUGCUUCACGUCCAACCUCCCGGGGCGCGUGUUCUUCCUGAAGCCUCUGCGGCCCGUGCCCUUCGCGGGAGCAGCGCGCGCGUGCGCGGCGCGCGGCGCGGCCGUGGCCAAGGUGGGGCAACUGUUCGCCGCGUGGAAGCUGCAGUUGCUGGACCGCUGCGCCGCGGGCUGGCUGGCCGAUGGCAGCGCGCGCUACCCCAGCGGUGGAGGCUGGGCCGGAGGCGCGCGCGACCCCGCUGCCUGGACCCCGCUGCGCGUCUAAGCCUCGGCGAGCAGAUGGCUGGGGCGCUUGGAGGCUGGUCCAGAAUGCCGCGGUGUUGGAGACUGGCCAGGCCCCUGAUGUUCCUGGAAAUGGUCUAGUCCCCUUGAGGUCUCUAGAGAUGGACCACUCCCCCGACGUCCCCUGGACACUGGCCACGCACCCUGAGGUGCCCUGGAGGCUGACCAUGCCUUCUGCGGUCCUUGGACACUGACCACGUCCCUCGAGGUCUCCUGGAUACUGGCCACAAUCCCUGUGGUCCCUUAGAAACUAACCACACCUCUGGAGUACUUUGAGACUGGCCAGUCCUGGCAGAUCAGUCCACUGGAGUACCCUGCAGACCGGACAAGCCCCACUUCGUUGGAUAGUGGAUUUCCCCCCCUCCCCCGACUUUCUCCAGAAGAGGGACCAUGCCUCCUGAGGGUCCCAGGAGACCAACAGACUCCAGGUCUCCUGAAGACUGGCCACGCCUCCCAAGACCACCUGGAAAUAGACAGAACUGCUCCCGUGGUCGCCUGGAGGCUGGACCCCCGGGAUUAUCUAGACACUGGCCACAUACCCUCUGCAAUUCUCUGAAGACUGAAAACUGGUCCCUUGCAGUCACCUGGACACCGAACCCCCAUCCCCAUCACCUGGAGAGAACACAGAAAGCUCAGGGUUCGUGGUCACAUGGAGGCUGUGGGCUCAGGCACUUCCUCUCCCCCACAGUGAACUGGAGACAGGGUACCCUAUUCUCCACUGGCUCCCUGAGAUUCCCCUGAAGUUUCCAAGGUAAAAGGCCACCUCCCUAGGUCACUCUGAAGAACAGCCCUACCCCUCCAGUUUUGUGGGAGAACACCCUCAUCUGUCACCGAUAAGAAGGGUGGGCUUGCAUGACAAGCGGCCAUGCCUCACCCUUCAGGUAUUUCUCCAGAGGGAGAGCAAAUCUGCCCCCCCUCCCACUGAUGGCCCCUGCCCUGGCUGUCACCAAAGAGACUAUCCCCCUGGGGCCAAGGACCCAUAAGAUCCAUUUCAUUCAUUAUGGAGACGAGCUGCCCUGCUUCCCACUGUCACCAAGGCAACCAGUCCAGUUGCUACCUGUCACAGUAGAGUUACACACCCCUUCCAUCAUCAGUCACACCCAUGGAGAUGGUGCCCCUCCCCCAGCUGUAACCAUGGAUACCACAGUUUCCCAUCACACCCACCCCCACCCUAGAGACCUACAACCCCACUUCUGACUGUCCCCACCCUGACCAGCUGCCAUGAAGACUGUCCUCAGGGUGACCCCAACAUUUGGUUCUUUGGCUCUCACCAUGGAAACAGAUUGUCCCAUUCCCCAGGUCCACUCCAGCUCCUUGCUACCCUCCAGGCUCUGCCCCAAGCAGGCUUGGACCACACAGCCAUUGCCAUGGAGAGCAAACACUGCUGUCUGAGGUACCAGAACACCUGUCCCCCUAGGCUUUUUCUUGUCGACCAUCCCUGCCCCACCAAGGUGUUGCCAUAGAAACUGUCAACGUCAUCCCCAUGACUACCGACCUCCAAGCUCUCAAGAACUUCUCACCAUGGGCUGGAUGGCUCAGGUGCCCGCCCCUUCCCCAGAUGGGCCCAGCCCCAGACAGCAUCCCCAGACAGGGCUGGACUUCCGGACCUGCUGGCUACCCUCCUUUGCACGUUAACUAUAUGGCAGACAGCUGUGCACGAGACACCCUAGCAACACCGGACUUUUUUAUUGCCGCCUUAAAGAUGAGGAAACUGAUGCUAUGGUGUGCCCUGGCCCUUGGAGCUGCACAAGCACUGAGCUCCCUUUUACUCUCUGAGACCCCAUCUAUUCUCACCAAGUUCCUCUCUCCUUCCCUGACCCCUGCCCACAUUUCCUCCUUAGAGAUCCAGGAGGGAUAGAAUAUUCCUUAAACUUCAAAAUCCUCCAGGUUCUAAGGGGCGAUUUGUGCUAAGAGGUCAUGACCCAGCCAAACUUGCCAGUGUUGAGUCAGCUAGGGGGUGACUCUCAACUCCAAGGUCCUGCCUGGAGUAGCACUGGGGUCCCUCCUGCAGCCCUUCUUACUGUCACCUCCAUGUCUAGAAAACCUAUCUCUUGAGUUUUGGAACCAGGUGGGCUUGGGUUCACAUCCCACCUCUGCCUGCCUCUUGCUCACUGUGUGACCAAGUGACAAAACCCCUUUAAGCCUGUUCCUCUGCACCAGGGCUGUUCUGAGGUUCCCGUGAGUGCAAUGCAUACAGCAGGGGCUCAAUAAAUCUUUGUUUCUUUUGAUGAAUGAGAAAACGCA